CUCAUGCAUAAGGCUUUGUAUCUUUGUGGAGCAGAGAGUGAUUCGGAGCAGAUGAAGAAAAGCACUCGCCGCCGUACAAUCAGAAACACACGCUGUUUAAUUUCACGCUACAUCCUUCAUGUUAUACUUUCCAACAGCACGUUUCGGCAGAGGGUGUCAUCUGAUUAUUAUUUACAAGCAGCGCAUCAUGUUUUGCUAAUCGUACAAUCCAGUGUGGAGUUAGCUGCAGGAUUUGCGAAACGGACCACAGCGCAAAUCUCACUGUGUUCCAUGUAAUUGGAAACCUACAGUUUGCUUUGGGUCCCUCCCCAACCAGACAGCGCCGUGACUGCAGCCUUGUUAUUUGCUCUGACACUGAGGAGCACGAACGUAUAUUUCAGCUGUCACAGGGAUCUGAAGAAACAGUUAGAGGAAAACCCUUUAUAUUGGUAGGAAUCAACAAGACAAUGAGCUUCCCCAACGAGGUGUUAAACAAACCAUGCCAUGGUCAAUUGUUUAGCGUUAAAACUGAUUAACUACAAAUCAACUAGUCACCAGUCAUACAAAACAGUUUGCUGCAGGAUACCUCUCUGAUCAUAGGCUGCUGAUCACAGAGAAAGCACUGUGUAUUUUUGGAAGAAGGAACACAAUAUCCUCUUAUCGCGCUCCAUGAAGCAUACUCUGGACCGGAUGAUCUUGGAAGAUGAAUCAUUGCGCUCUGAUUUGAGCCCUGUUACCAAACUGUUGGCUACUGUAUACUGCUUAUUCUGACCUGGCAGAGUAUUGAAAGUUCACAAAAUGGGGAAAUUAUUUCUUUUUGCUGUUCUGGGAAUCUUUCUGGAGUCCAGCAAAGGUUUCAGCCACCAGCAUGCCUUGCCACGUGUGUUCCUCACAUCUGAAGAUUUGAAGGCCACCCAUACAUCUCAGUUUUACAGCGUAUCCUCAAAACCUUUGGAUUACAGAAUCCUGCUAAUGGAUGAAGAUCAAGACCGCUUAUAUGUGGGUGGUAAAGAUCACAUUCUGUCUCUCAAUGUAAACAGUAUCAACCAGAAUCCUCUUGCUGUUCACUGGCCAGCAUCGAGCAAUAAAGUAGAUGAAUGCAAAAUGGCUGGCAAGGAUCCAAAUAAUGGUUGUGGUAACUUUGUUCGUGUCAUACAAGUUUACAACCGAACUCAUUUAUUUGUUUGUGGAAGUGGAGCAUUUAGCCCCAUCUGCACAUAUAUCAACAGAGGCCGCAAAUCUGAGGAUCAAAUAUUCACUAUAGAGUCAAAGAAUGAGUCUGGAAAGGGCCGUUGCUCAUUUAACCCUCAGGUUAACACAGUGUCCUUUAUGAUCAAUGAAGAAUUAUUUUCAGGAAUGUAUAUAGACUUCAUGGGCACUGACGCAGCAAUAUUCCGCAGUGUGACAAAAAGAAAUAGCAUACGAACGGACCAGCACAACUCCAAGUGGCUGAGUGAGCCUGUGUUUGUGGAUGCUCAGAUCAUUCCUGAUGGCACAGAUCCAAAUGAUGCAAAAUUGUACUUUUUCCUUCGGGAGAAGGUGACUGAUGAUAAUGGUAACACCAAGCAGAUUCUCUCCAGGAUUGCCAGAAUAUGUCCUAAUGACAUAGGAGGUCAACGCAGUCUUGUCAACAAAUGGACAACAUUCCUAAAGGCACGACUGGUGUGUUCAGUGAUAGAUGAUGAUGGCACUGAAACUCACUUUGAUGAAUUGCAGGAUGUAUUUUUAUUAGAAACAGAAUAUCCCAAAAGUCUCCUUGUCUAUGGUCUGUUCACCUCUUCAAGCUCAAUAUUUGAAGGUUCAGCUGUGUGUGUUUAUAAUAUGCUUGAUAUUCACACUGUGUUCAAUGGACCAUUUGCUCAUAAGGAAGGACCAAAUCAUCAAUAUGUCCCAUACCAAGGCAGGAUCCCAUACCCAAGGCCUGGCACAUGCCCCGGAGGAGCCUUUACACCAAACAUAUUGUCAACGAAGGAUUUCCCAGAUGAAGUGGUUACGUUCAUCCGAAGCCACCCCAUGAUGUAUAAUGUGAUUUAUCCAAUCAAUAAACACCCUCUGAUUGUAAGGAUUAAUGCGGAUUACAAGUACACCAAAAUUGUAGUUGACCAAGUGAAGGCUGCAGAUGGAAGAUACCAUGUUCUCUUCCUUGGCACAGAUAAGGGAACUAUCCAGAAAAUUGUAGUUUUGCCUAAAAAUGCAUCAGUUAAUGAAGAACUUAUCUUGGAAGAACUGGAAGUUUUUGAGAACCAAUCAGCUAUCACAACAAUGAAAAUUUCAUCCAAAAAGCAACAGUUAUACGUGAGCUCAGAUGAAGGUGUUGCCCAGAUCUCUUUUCAUCGUUGCCACCUCUAUGGGACAGCAUGUGCUGACUGCUGUUUGGCCAGAGAUCCUUACUGUGCUUGGGAUGGAAAGUCCUGCUCCAGGUUCUAUUUAACCGGUAAAAGGAGAAGCCGGAGGCAGGAUGUGAGACAUGGUAACCCAAUGACACAGUGCAGGGGUUUUAAUCUAAAAGCAUACAGAAAUGCAGUGGAAUCUGUGCAAUAUGGAGUGAAAAACAGCACGGCUUUCCUUGAGUGUACGCCAAAGUCACCCCAAGCUUCAGUUAAAUGGUUGAUGCAAAAAACAAAUGACAGAAGAAAGGAGGUAAAGCAAGAUGAAAGAAUUCUAGUGACCAAGCAUGGCCUACUGAUUCGUUCUGUACAAAAUGUUGACAGAGGGCUUUAUCACUGCAUUGCUACAGAGAACAACUUCAAAAGCACCGUGGUGAAAAUCAAGCUGAAAGUAGUGGAUCCAGACCACGUUACCCCUAUAAUCAACAAAGGGACGUCGUGGACCUGGGGAGCUGCUCAUGGCCUGAGUGGUGUGCAACUUCUUCACAAGGACCUGAUAGGACUAUUCAGUUACUCUGAAAUGCAAGCAAUCAAUAAGUACUGUAAGGAGAGUUGGCAUCAGCAGAGACAGACUGAGAAGGGACAAUCAAUCAGAAUAGAUCAUCCAAAACUAAAGGCACUUAUUGAUAGAAGAAAAAGUCGAAAUAGAAGAAAUCAGUUGCCUGGUACUUAAGAACUGCCUUAUAUGAUAAUUAUUUGAUGGUAUGAAACUAUUUAAUAUGAACUGUACAAAAUACAUCAGUAGUCAUCUUGUUCAUCUUUUUACCUUUGCUCCUGAAUUUAGCUAUACUUGGGAAUGUCUGAACAUUCUGUGAUUAGCGCAGCAUUUUAUACUGUAAUUUUUCUGUGAUAUCUAACAUCUUCAUCUUAUGUAAAGUCGACAUACAUUUAGAUUUAAUUCCUGUCUAUUUGUAAUAACUUGUAAGGAGGCCAUUUUCUAUUGGCCAGUUUUCGAUAGUAAACUAGUUCAAACCUCUUACUUACAUUCUGUAAACUAAAGCUGCUGUAAGCCUUUCAUUUUUACCUGACUUGUAUUUGGCCUCUGUGCCAAAGCCAAUGAGUUCCACAGCUCAACCCCUGUGACUGAGCAAGUGGGACCAAACCAUCAUGAAAAAUGUUAAAUUGAGUGUGGUGUGGUACUACUUCAGUUCUCAUGACCCGUGAGUUCUGUUUUCUGGUAAGGGCCUGGAAGGUCAAAGGUAAUAUUGGACCUACACCUUAGUAUUAUAUUGAAUACUGUAAUAUAUGAGGAAGAUGUCAUUUUAAGCGCAAAACCUAGAAACAGCAUUAUCUUAAGCACUUAAGAAUCUAAUUCUGUAAAUACCCAUUAAAUGUAUUGCAAUAUAUUGGAAGAUGAGCUAUUGAACUGUAGAAGGAGACAUAUGUUAUAGAAAUAUGUUAUCUGGAAAACAUCAAAUUGCUCUACAACAGAAAUAAAAACAGAAAAUAUUGGAAA